AGCAGGUGUGGCCAGUGGACUACGAGACGGAGGCGGCGUCGCGGAGGCUGGUGGAGGCGGUGGAGCGGGGUGAUCUGAGGGAGGUGGCGGAGUGCCUGGCGGAUCCGAUGGUGGACGUGAACUACUCCGGAGCUGUGUGCCUCAAGUGGCGGCGGGCGGAGGUGGCGCUCCGGGAGGAGGUCCCCAACGAAGUUCGCGUCGAGUACGAGGAGCUCCGCACCGACGUCUCCGCCCUCUUCCUCGCCGCCCACUCCGGCCACCUCCCCCUCGUCCGCAAGCUCCUGGGGGCGGGAGCGGACGUGAACCAAAGGCUGUUCAGGGGGUACGCGAUGACCGCGGCGGCGAGGGAGGGGCGGGUGGAGGUGGUAGAGCUGCUGCUGAAGGCCGGGGCCUCGCAGCCGGCGUGCGAGGAGGCGGUUGUGGAGGCGUGCUCCCACGGGCGUGCAAGGCUGGCGGAGCUACUCAUGGCCGCCGACCUCGUCCGCCCACAUGUCGCCGUGCAUGCGCUCGUCUCUGCUGCUGCCCGGGGGUUCGUCGACGUCGUUGACACCCUCAUCAAGUGUGGGGUUGAUCCAAAUGCAACCGACCGCAUGCUACUCCGCUCAUUGAAGCCAUCACUGCAUAUCAACGUCAACUGUACGGCUCUCGUCGCCGCCAUCGUCAGUCGGCAAGUCGCUGCCGUCCGACGAUUACUUCAGGCCGGAGUGAGGAAGGACGCUACGGUGAGGUUGGGUGCAUGGUCAUGGGACACUGCCACUGGAGAGGAGUUCCGGGUGGGAGCCGGGCUUGCCGAGCCCUACAGCGUUGCCUGGUGCGCCGUCGAGUACUUCGAGUCUACCGGAACUAUACUGCGGAUGCUCCUCCGGCACUACUCCCCCAGCACCGUGCACUUGGGCCGGGCCCUUCUCCAUCAUGCCAUCCUUUGUGCCAAUCCGCGUGCCGUCCACAUCCUCUUAGCAUAUCGUGGAGUCGACCGUGAGCUCCCCGUGAGAACCAGCAGGAACAAUGAGUUCCGGCCGAUCCACAUGGCCGCCCGGCUUGGCCAGCCUUCAGUCCUGCAAGUCUUGAUCCAGAAGAGGUGCGACCUCGAUUCCAGAACAGAGUCCGGGGAGACUGCGUUGAUGCUAUGCGCGCGGUACAAGCGUGAUGAAUGCCUUAAAGUUCUUGUAUCGGCUGGUGCCGAUCUCGGCCUGGUUAGCUCCUCUGGCGCUUCGGCUGCAUCGGUUGCCGCUGCAAACCGGUGGGGCAUCGGCUUCCAACAUGCCGUCCUCGAUGUUAUGAGGUCAGGGAAGGUUCCUCGAUCGAGUGAUUCAUCCGUCUUCUCUCCGUUAAUCUUUGCGGCACGCUUCGGCGAUGCCGAAGCUUUGGAGGCACUGCUGAUGCAACCAGAGGUUGAGAUUGACGAGCAAGAUGAGAAUGGCUUCUCGGCUGUUAUGGUUGCGGCUAAGGAAGGCUACGUCGACGCCUUCCGCUUCCUGGUCUUCGCCGGUGCCAAUGUGGAGCUAAGAAAUAGAGCAGGGGAGACGGCGAUCAAGCUUUCUCAGUCGAACAGCAAUUCGGAUCUUUUGGAGCAGGUGAUGCUGGAGUUCGCUCUCGAGAAGGGCGGUGCGGGGGGGUUCUGCGCUCUGCACUACGCGGCUCGACGUGGAGACUUGGCUGCGGUGCGGCUUUUGACGGCGAGGGGCUGCGACGUCGGCGUGCCUGACGGCGAUGGGUACACGCCGCUGAUGCUGGCGGCGAGGGAAGGCCAUGGAGCAGUGUGUGAGUUCUUGAUUGCUUCCGGUGCCAGGUGCAAUAAAAAGACUCACCGGGGCGAGACCGCGCUUUCACUGGCGAGGAUGAAUGCUAAAUUAUUUGGCAAGGAGGCGGAAGAUGUGAUAUUGGAUGAGAUGGCGAGGGUGUUGGUCUUGGAAGGGAGGUGUGUGAAGAAGCACACGAAGGGCGGCCGGGGAUCGCCGCAUGGGAAGGUGCUGAGGAUGGUGGGGGCCGCAGGGGUGCUGCGGUGGGGCAAGUCGAGGUGCAGGAAUGUGGUGUGCAGGGAGGCUGAGGUGGGGGGGAGCUCGGCGUUUCAGAGGAAGCGGGGAGCAAAGAAGGAUGCUUUUGAGCCUGGGCUGUUCAGGGUGGUGACCACCAAGGAGAGGGAGGUGCAUUUCGUGUGCGAGGGUGGGAAGGAGAUGGCUGAGCUCUGGGUGAGGGGGAUUAGGCUGAUCACAAGGGCAGCAUUUGGAAAGGGAGAGAAGUAGGUGGUGGAGGGUUCUUUUGGAUGAUAUGCUGUAAAGAAUGGAGAGAGAGAAGAUGGACUUCAAGUCCAAGUUUUUAAUUUUUUUAUGUGGGUUUGAGUGGUGUAUAGUUUGAUCUUAGAUAAACUAUAGAUUUUA